AUGAUUACAUUCUAUCUACCAUCAGAGUUGUUGGAUAAAAUUUUAUCUUUUGUCGACGAAACAGAUUGUACUACAAUGCAUUCUUGUAUUUUAGUUAAUCGAAUAUGGUGUAAAACAAUGAUGUCAAAAUUGUGGAGAAACCCGUUUCAUCUGGUUGCGUUACGUCCUUCGGAAAAACUCAUUCCUAUUUAUUUCAAAUUCUUAUCAAAUGACACAAAAUUAAUUUUACAAAUUCCACUGUCAUCGACAAAUUCUUCAUCUUUACAACUGGGAGCAUUACCAGCGUUAUUUGAUUAUCCAAAAUUUCUGAGAGAAUUGGAUUUCAAUGAAUUAUAUUUGGCUAUAAGAAAAUGGUGCUUUAGUAGUUUGAAUACUCUUUCACCUACAAAUCAACGUGGAAGGCAAUCAAUUUUUAUACUUCAGGAACUCUGUUCUCUAUUGAUGAAAAAUUGUGAUCGAUUAGAUAUACUUUCUUUAGACAUUAAAUCUUUACGUUCAAACAAUUCAGAUGGUGGAAUAUCAGAUCAUAUAGCACUUCCUUGUCUCCUUGGUGCUUCCGAUUGUUUAUCAUCUUUGAAAACAUUUGUUUCAAGAGGGUAUUACGAAAAACAAUUAGUAUUUAAAUCGAUGACUCAAUAUUGUAAAGAUAUUCAGGAAAUCAUAGUAGAGGAUAACGAUUCAACAAAUGGGGAAUCAUUAGUUGAUUUAAUUAGUGUUCAAAAUCAUCUUGAAAAAUUUGUAAUUGGUGAUUGGUGGGGAAAUUUAUCAAAAAUAUUUCAAUCUUUAAAAACUCAAUUUGAAACUCUGAUUUACGUUGAGAUUCACAGUUGUCAUUUUUAUGAAUUUGUUGAUGAUUUUAGAACUUUCGAAGGUUUAGUUUCUUGUCAAAAUUUAGAAACUUUAAAAAUCGAAGAAUGUUAUAAUUUAACUAGUGAGAUUAUGAGACCUCUAGCUAAUACUAUAUUCCCAAAACUUAAAACUUUUUAUUUCUCGAAUUACCUAUUUCAAGAUGAUGAACUCGAUCCUCCUUUCAUGGAAUUGAUCUCGCUUAUAGAGAAUUCAGGAAGUAGAUUAAAUGAAUUAUGUUUGAAUAUGGAAUUAAAAGUCUAUCCUAAUAUUAUUAAUAUUUGUUCAGAAUGGUGUAGAAAUCUAAAACAUUUCAAAGCGAGGAUUCAAACUCAUUCCGAAGUGACUCAGCUUUUGGCUUUACUUUCUCAUUCGAAACAAUUAGAAUCUCUGGAAAUCAUUGCAGAAAAAUGGUCAACAACUUCACUUUGUAAUAUACAAUGUGAUACUUUCUUUCCGGAUAUAGGGAGUUUGAUACCCCAAACUUUAAAAUAUUUUGGUAUCGAUGGAUGGAUGUGCACUCCACGUGGAUUAGAAUGCUUUUUGAAAAAUUGUAAAGCAAGAUUGGAAAGGAUGAGUUGGAUGUGUUUUGUAAGAAGUGAUGAGUAUUUGAGCGUUGUGACGAAGUGGGCUGAAAAGAAUGGUAGAAAAGUUAAGGAUUGGAAAGAAAAGAGAGA